AACAUGCAGAUAAAUGGCGUGGCUGAGGGUCCGGAUCGUACCAUCUCUCUGUCGCUGAGGGAUAACCACGAUCACUGGGUGAUCCUUGACCAAUCCAAACAAGCCCUUUACCUCAACAGCACCGGACGGGUUCUUGACAGAGAUCCCCCCUCGUAUAUUCAGUCCAUUGUGGUUCAGGUUCAGUGUACCAACGAGCUGGUCGGCACGGUGAUUUUACACGAAGUCCGCAUCGUUGUUCGAGACCGCAACGACAACGCGCCACAUUUCCAACAGCCAAGAUACUAUGUUGCCGUCAGUGAGGUUGUGGUUCUGGGUGGGGAGGCCGAGGGGCUGUUGUCAAGCAAGCCGGGGUCGUUGCAAUGCAGGAGGGGUUUUACUCAAGAGGAAUACAUCAUCCAAACGGACCAAGAGCUGGCAAAGGGACAGGCUGUCUUCAACGCUUGCUUCAGCAGGUACACCGAUCUGCGCCUCUCCCUCGGGUCCGAUCCCUCUCCGUCUUCCCUCCGCUACCAAACCGGCCAGCCAUUCAUCCAUCACCCAUUCAUCUAUCCAUCCGAUCCAUUCAUCCAUGGAGGGCAGAGGAGGCACAGAGGGCACAACAUUGAAGAGGUGUGGGGAGACUUUUCAAGGGACAGAGAAGAAAUAGAAGGGGAAGAGAGGUUGAGGAGAUACUAA